AUGUUCUUAGCAUUGAAGAAACCUGCGCCGCGCGAGAUCGUCUCGCUCCACGUUGGACAGGCCGGUGUCCAAAUCGGGAAUGCUUGCUGGGAAUUAUAUUGCUUAGAGCACGGAAUACAGCCGGAUGGUUUGAUGUCGUCGGUUGAAACAGUUGAGCCUGAUGGAAUCAUGCCUGCCGAUAAGACAGUCGGUGUCGAGGAUGCAUCGUACAACACGUUCUUCUCGGAAACCCAGAGCGGUUCGUUGGUCAUUUUUCAUAUAAUAGCUCUGUAA